GACAGAAUUCUGGAGCAAAUGGCAUUCAUUCCUAAAAUAAAAGAUGGGAAAUUGGGAAAGCAGAAAGGGAUAUUGUUGGAUGGUGGUAUUUCUAGCUGGGGAGUACAAUAUGGUGAUCAGACAUUCAAGGAUCACAAAUGUCGUGUUCAGAAUUGUAAUAUUCUUCAAAUGAAUGGCGACAAGAGCGAGGUGGAUGCUGUACUUUUUGGUCAGAUGUUACCGAACAUGGAAUACUACUUGCAGACAUAUAGAAAACCUCAUAUAGUUUGGUUGUUCUUUGCUUUGGAAAGUCCAAUGGCAACCUUGGACUAUUCGUCAUUUAAAGACUAUAUUAACUGGACUGCCACUUACCGGAGUGACUCCACGAUAGUUGCUCCUUACGAAAAAUGGGUCUAUCAUUUUAACGAAUCGGUAUCAAACACAAAAGAACUUUCUCGAAACUAUGCAACAGGAAAAUCCAAGAUGGCUGCCAUUUUUGUUUCGAAUUGUGCUGGUAAUAACGAACGUUUAUACUACGUGUAUGACUUGCAGAAGAAUAUAUCUGUUGAUAUAUAUGGGUUCUGUGGACCGCAUAAGUGUCCAAGAAACUCUGAUAAAUGCUCUAAAAAGCUCAAUAAGGAUUAUAAAUUUUACUUGGCAUUCGAGAAUGCUAAUUGUAAAGAUUAUAUCACUGAAAAAUUCUUUGUAAACGCGCUGCAGCAUGAUGUAAUACCAAUUGUAAUGGGAGCCAGGAGGGAAGAAUAUGAAAAAUUGGCACCGAGGAACAGUUUUAUUCACGUGGAAGACUUCAAAUCAGCGGAAGAACUUGCCAUAUAUUUACAGAAAUUAGACCAAAAUGACGAUUUAUAUAAUGAAUACUUUAAAUGGAAGGGUACGGGAAGUUUCCUCAACACCAAGUUUUGGUGUCGACUCUGUGCCAUGUUGAAUGACGACAAGAAACCAACGUUGUCCGUAAACCUAGAAGAGUGGUGGCGAGCUCCUGAUACGUGUACCAGAUCUCGAUGGGACAAAUUAAUCAAACAGAAAAACUCCGAAUGA